UGAGCCUGUUCCUCACAACCGUGUCUGAUCACAGGCCACCACAAUCCCAAAGACCACGUUCAGAUCUUCUUGUUCAUUCUGAUAAUGGACAACUUUUUCACACCCAUUCCCACAACCAAGACAACCACCAGAGCCCCUUCAACCUCUUCACCCUUCGAAACCUCUCUCGUGUAUUAUUUUCCACCCCACGAAGGUCAUCUGCAAUUUCCCCACGCAUUUCCUUUAGAUCAGGUUGGUCAGCAUUUGGCGUACCCGGCAUAUUCUUUCGUAAUUGGGGCGGGUCCGCAACCACAUUUGCUGUCGAAAGAACAAGAGAGAAGGCUUGUGGAUGCUUGGACAACCAAGGUUGCGAGGAGUAAGCGCAAAAUGGCACGCCAAAGGAGCCUCAGUUCAAGCAAAAAUCCUGCUUCCUGGGCCACUUCGACUCAGGUAUAUACCCGGGGACUGCCCGUGUACGGUGCUGUUGAUGCUGAGACGCAGAACAGCAACAUCAAAAGAGAUCCCUACACGUUCUUCACGCCGGAUAAGAAGAGGCUUAGAGUUUUACUUAAAAAGGAGUUGAAGAAUAGCGAUGUUGGGUCCUUGGGCAGGAUUGUGCUCCCUAAGAGAGAAGCAGAAGAAAACCUCCCAACCCUCUCUGAUAAAGAUGGAAUCCAAAUUGUGAUCCGAGAUGUGUAUUCUAACCAAGAGUGGAGCGUGAAAUACAAGUAUUGGUCAAAUAAUAAGAGCAGAAUGUAUGUUCUUGAAAAUACAGUGGAUUUUGUGAGGCAAAAUGAGCUGGUGAUUGGAGAUUCCAUUACUCUUUACGAGGAUGAAUGCAAGAAUCUCACAGGUAGGACUGAGCACGUGCGAAACAAGCACAGCUUCUUUGGGUAUGUCACCAUUAAAAGGGGUGAAAGACCAGUAGUAGAUCAUCAAGAUCUAGAAGAUGAUGAUCAGCAGCAGCAGCAACGUCCUGCAUACAGAAAAGACAUGAUGAUGAUGAGUAAUAGAAACCACAUGAUGAUGAGCUACAACCAAUAUUACACCCCAUUUACAUACGGGAACAGAGAUGAGGAAGAAGCAUAUCUUGCAUUACUCAUAGAGCAACUCAGACACAAGGAAGAACUUGAAGCUAACAGCCUUGCAACUUUGUCUAUCGGAUCAGGUCAUGCUGCUUCUUCUUCACAUAGGCAGCCCCUGAUCUAAUAAUAAUAUUAAUUAAUCCAUGCCGGCCAUUAUCUUAAAUAUUCCAAGCCAAUGCGAUGCAACUUUUUUAAUUUUCAGCUUGUACCAUUUUGCAUGGGACAUGAUUUAUCUGAUAAUUGAUCAUAAACAUAUAAUAUAGUU